GUUUGAAAGAUAGUGGCCAAGGUUCAAAAGUCACUUGCUAUCAGCUCAGUUUUAUGGGAGCUUUGGUUAUGACUUCCUCACUCACCCCAGUGUCACCGAGCAGACCAGUGGAUGAGGCUUGGUCCUACACACACACAUAGACACACACCUGUCAUCAGUGAGUGGAGCCCCCAAAGAGCAGACGGUGAAAUUGGAAAGGACGGCAGAGACACCGAAAGAUACCUGGGAGAAAGACAGGUAGGGUGUCAUGUUUUGUGUGCUUGUUAGGUGUAGGGGUUAGAUUGUUGACAUUGGUAAAACAAAUGUGUCGUUAACAUUUUAUUUGCAUAACCCCUCUCAGGUGAUCUAAAUAUCUUCAACUAAGUAUUGACACACUGUCAGUAUGAUGAAUUCAACUGCAACAUGCUUCAACUAAGUUUAAAGAAAACAUGUUAGCAGAGAUAGCCUAGCUAAAUGGUUUUAGACUGUUUGAGUAUACAGAUAUGUAGUCCUGACUAUGGUUUUGCGCAGUUAAAACUGUAAAAAACUGGGUGUACGUUAUUGGCUGGUGAUGCUGAUGGGUUAAUUGAGUCUUUGUAUUUGCCCCUUUAUUUGCAUAAAUGGCAUAUCAGAUGGAUAGUAUUAACCACAAUGCACCAUUUUGACCAUUGAUCAGAAAUUGUGCUGCAGAAAUGAAGAAAAACUGUGAUAUCAAUCAAGUGAUGCAUUAUGUAAUCGUGGUAUGGGUAAAAGGACCAAAUAGAUAGAGAUAGAGAAUAUGGAAUAUGGAAUAUGGAAAUAGAGUCAAAUAAAAAUGGUAUGCUAUGUGAAAACGUUUUUUACCUCCUAUCGAAAUAAAAUACACUUGUAUCAUCAGGUAGCAGAAUCUGAGAAAGCAUUUUAGAUGCGUUUGGCAGAUCAUUAAUAUAUAUUUGAAGGUCCAAAAAUCGAUCCUUGUGGUACACCCUCUACAUUUGAUCUCAAGAGGGGGGAGUAUGGUCAAUGGUGUUAUCAACCAUAUCAAAUCUUUAUGCGUCCAGUGGGUCCAACCUCCCAAGUGCCCUUGAAGUUCUGACUUUGGACUGUAGAUGACCAUAAAGUCUUAUCAAUGUCUUUCACUGUUCCCUAUGCAGGCGUUUCAGAGUGCCGAUCUGUCAUCAUAAAUAGAUUAAUUCUUCCUUAGUUUCUCCUCUUACUGAAACACAGUCAGCGUGGAAUACACACACAGGCAUGCAAACAAACACACACACACUAGGUCAAAGACAAAUAUUGACAUUGAGAGUUGUUAGAUGCAAGCAUUGAAUUGGAGAUGAUGGCGGAAAUGGGUCAACCUAGGUAAACAGCGUUCUACAAUGUACCGAGUAGACCACUACAUUGAGAAUUACUCUAACAGUACAUGUCUAUGGGGCAAAAGUCAUUGCAGAUAACACUACAGUAAUAUACACUGACUUUGACCCCAUUUAAUGGUAACACACACACAUACAUCAUACAUGAUGUAGUACAUGUACAUGUGCCAUGCACACAACAAAAUUGCCUUUUCAUGUCACAUUCCAAUGAAAUCACUACAUAUCUCAGCUAGACAAUACAAUAUGUACAUUGUAGUCAUUUAGCAGACAGGAGCAAUUAGGGUUAAGUGCCUUCGCUGAGGACAUAUUGACAGAUCUUUCACCUAGUCAGCUCAGGAUUCAAACCAGCAAACUUUCGGUUACUUGCCCAACGCUCUUAACCGCUAGGCUACCUGCCGCCUUCACAAGAGCAUGCAAGUAAUAGUGUUAAUAUUGUGUAUUGGUAAUAGCACUUUCCUCUCUCUCGUCAGAUUUGAACAUGGACUUCCUCCUCAACUUCCUGUUCAGCCCUCUGCCCACCUCGGCCAUCGUCUCCCUGUUUGCCCUGAUGGGGGCUGCCCUGGUCUACCUCAACACCAGGCCUAAACCCCUCACCAUGCCUGCAGACCUCAACUGCCAGACCAUAGGAGUCAGGGUAAGUACACUCUCUGUCUGAAUUCCAAAUUGACCCCUAGCCCCUACCUACACCCUAGGCAAUCCUGUAUCUGAGAGGAUUGGAUCACAGGGUUGAGGGUCAAUUCCAAUUUAAAUUCAGUCAAUUCAGGAAGUCAUAAACAGAUUACGAUUCCAAUUUUCCUCAUUGUUUUUCAAUGUGUCUUCCCUGAUAUGUCAUUGCGCUCCCUCAUAUCCAGGAUGGAGCGAGGAAAAGUGCCCUGCAGGAAGAUGACAACCUGAUGUCGUAUUUCUAUGACGACGCCAGAACAAUGUACGAAGUCUUCCAGAGGGGACUACAAGUGUCAGGUCACCACCAUAUCACCUUCUGUCACAUACAUCUUGUUUCUGCACUAAGAAUAAAAUAUACGUUUUUGGAAUCAACAUUAGAAUUAGAGGUCCCCUCAGUUGGUUGCUGAUUCCAAUUACAUAGUAGUAUUCAUGUCUGACUGAACGUGGCAAGGUCAGUGAGAUUAUGAGGUUAUGAUAAUGAGGAGAUUCAAUCCAUUUCUCCUUUACAGGUAAUGGACCCUGUCUAGGCUACAGGAAACCAGGGCAACCGUACCAGUGGCUGAAAUACAAACAGGUAUGACACUAUCACCGAUAGUACUUACAUAGGCCAGCAUAUCUCUGGGUCUGAAUUCAGAAUAAUCAUGUAUAAAAUAUGGAAUGAGCCAAUGGCUUUUCUAAGUGGCUCAUGCGUUGACAUUCAUUUGUGUUUGUAUGUGUAUUUAUUAGGUAUUCCCUUUUAUUAGGUCCCGGCCUAACACAUUGUGGCACUUACAUCACACAAAAAACAGUACUUCAUAUAACAUUAUUACACCACUAAAUAUCUACAAUACAACAUUUAUAAUACUACCAUACAACAAUAUUACAAUGUACGUGUGUGUGUAGAGUAUGUGUGCCUGUGUGUGUGUGUGUGUGUGUCUCUUCACAGUCUGCUUUGUUUCAUAAAGUGUAGUUGUAUCUGUUUUUUAAACCUGAUUUUACUGCUUGCAUGAGUUACUUGAUGUGGAAUAGAGUUCCAUGUAGUCAUGGCUCUGUGUUGUACUGUGUGUUUCCCAGAGUCUGUUCUGGACUUGGUGACUGUGAAGAAAUCCCUUGUGUCAUGUCUUGUGGGGUAUGCAUGGGUGUCUGAGCUGUGUGCUAGUCAUUUGAACAGACAGCUCGGUGCUUUCAACAUGUCAAUACCUCUCACAAAGACAAGUAGUGAUGCAGUCAUUGAUAUUAGCUCUCCUUGUACAUUUAAGGGCCAGCCGCGCUGCUCUGUUCUGUGCCAACUGUAAUUUGCCUAUGACUCUCUUUGUGGCACUUUGUCAUAUGACUAGGCAGUAGUCCAGGUACGAAAAAAUUAGGGCCUGUAGGACUUGUUUUGAUGAUAGCAAUGUCAAGAAAGCAGAGCAGCGCAAGACCUCUCCCCAUCUUAAAAAAGUGAGGGCCUAGACAACUUCCUUGGGGAAUGCCUGACUCUACCUGGAUUAUGUCGGCUGUAAACGGUGCUUUGCUAUUCCUGGAUAGCGGAAUUACUUUUGUUUUCCUCCAGGCCUGAGGGCACACACUUUCCUGUAGGCUUAGAUUGAAGAGAUGACAAAUAGGAGUGGCAAUGUCAUCCACUAUCAUCCUCAGUACUUUUCCAUCCAAGUAGGGAGACCCAGGUGGCUUGUCAUUGUUGAUAGACAACAAUAUAUAUUUUUUCACCUCUUCCACACUCACUUUACGGAAUUCAAAAUGACAGUGCUUAUCUUUCAUAAUUUGGUCAGUUAUGAAUGGAUGUGUAGGUUCAGAGCUUGUUGAUGGCAUGUCAUGCCUAAGUUUGCUAAUCUUGCCAAUGAAAAAAUAAUUAAAGUAGUUGGCAAUUGUUAACAUAUAGACUAAUAUGUUAUAAAUUGUGUUCUUACACUGGUACAGUUAUGCCCUGUGAGAGAUGUACAACUGCGCAUGUGCGAAAAUAAAGAAAGGGCAUUUUCCCGCGUUCUGGUUGAAACACCAACGAUGAACAUGUGUGUUUAUUCCUCCGUUAAGUAAGCCGGUAUUCCUGUCCUGAAGAUGACAGCACCAACAGGUUAUGGGCCCAGGAGGGAACAUGGAAGCCGAUGGAAUAGAUUAUGUUUCGACGGAGAUGAAAAAAACCACGAGUUAUGGGAGACAAAGUUUUUGGGACACUUGCGUUUGCUAGGGCUAAAGGCCACCAUAUUGAGCGUGGAUGAAGAUGAAGAAGACGGAGAGAAAAAUUAAGAAGCCUACGCCGAAUUGAUACAGGUUUUGGAUGAUAAAAGUCUUUCCCUGAUAAUGAGAGAAGCAGCAGAUGAUGGGAGAAAAGCAUUGAAGAUAUUGAGGGAACAUUAUGCAGGUAAAGGGAAGCCACGUGUGAUUAGCCUCUACACUGAGCUAACUUCUCUUCAGAAAGCCAGUGACGAAAGUGUUACGGAUUAUAUCAUUCGUGCUGAGACGGCUAUUACAGCACUGAGGAAUGCUGAAGAGACUUUAAGUGACGGGCUGUUGAUUGCAAUGAUUCUGAAAGGUUUGCCCGAAUCAUUUAAGCCGUUUGCCAUCCACAUAACGCAGAGUGACGAGCCGACAACUUAUGGCAAGUUCAAAACCAAGUUGAGGAGCUAUGAAAGCACCGAGAAGUUUAGCGGCAUUUCCACUGACGACAACGUGAUGAAGGCAAGUAACAUUAAAGUUAGCUGGCCAAGAGGAAGAGAUAAAGGGACCGAGAUAACCUGCUUCAACUGUGGCCAGAAAGGGCACAAGGCCCGGGAAUGUACCGUUACUGGAGAGCACAGAGAACGGAGACAGUGGUGUAGUUUUUGCAAGAGCUCCACUCAUACUGACGCAAAUUGCAGACGAAAAAGAAGAGACAAUGUGAAACAAGCAACAGAUGCUGAAGGCCACACAUUUGCAUUCAAAAUAAGUGACUGUCAGGUUCGUGGACUGAAACAAAAAGGGCUGAUGGUUGAUACGGGAGCAACGUCACAUAUAGUCACGGACAUCGGGAAGUUUAAGGAGUUUGACGAGACUUUCAAACCGGAAAAACAUUCCGUCGAGCUGGCUGACGGAACAAGAACGAAUGGUGUCGCAGAGAGGAGAGGUGCAGCGGAGGUUUACCUGAGAGACAACACGGGUCGUCGGGUGAAAACAACGCUGACGAAGGCGCUGUACGUGCGUCGUUUCCACAGGACAUUUUCUCUGUUAAAGCAGCGACAGCCAACGGAGCUUCAGUCAACUUUCGACAGGGGUGUAACAAGCUCAUCCACAAGAACGGUACCACUUUUGACAUCAAGGAGUACGAUAUACUUUACUAUCUUAACACUGUAAGUGAUGAAAAUGAUGAUGGAAGUCAUGGGUGCUAUGAUAUUCACACAUGGCACAAAAUUCUUGGCCACUGUAAUUUUGAGGAUGUGUCAAAGUUAGAAAAUGUGACAGAGGGAAUGAAAAUCACAGGUAAGAUUGACAAAUCUACCCUCAACUGUGAAAUCUGCACACAGGGAAAAUUUGUUCAGAGCAGAAACAGAGAGCCUGAUGAAAAGGCGAAAGCAGCUCUUGAGCUUGUGCACACUGAUUUGGCUGGCCCUAUUGAGCCAGAGGCAAAAGAUGGGUUCAGAUAUACUCUAGCAUUUACGGAUGAUUAUUCAGGGGCAGUUUUUGUGUAUUUCCUAAAAGCAAAAAGUGAUACUGUAAAAGCUACUGAGAAGUUUAUUGCUGAUGUGGCCCCUUAUGGAAAAAUAAAGUGUGUCAGGUCAGAUAAUGGCACAGAGUACACAGCCAAAGAGUUCCAGUCACUGCUCAGUAAGAAUGCCAUAAGACAUGAAACUUCAGCCCCUUACUCACCCCAUCAAAAUGGGACCGCUGAGAGAAAUUGGAGAACACUGUUUGAAAUGGCAAGAUGCAUGCUACUUGAGAGCAACCUACCAAAGAAAUUGUGGACAUAUGCUGUAAUGACUGCUGCAGUAAUUCGCAAUAGGUGUUACAAUAAGCGUGUAGGACAGACUCCACACUACAUGUUUACUGGGAGAAAGACUGAUCUUUCAAAGAUGAAAGAAUGUGGAUCUGUUUGCUAUGCAUACAGACAGAACAAGAAAAAGUUGGACUCAAGAUGUGAAAAGGGUAUUUUUGUCGGGUAUGAUAAAAAUAGUCCAGCAUACCUAGUCUACUACCCAGACACUGGAAAAUUUCUUAAAAACAGAUUAGUCAAGUUCGUUACAAAAGGUGUAGUCGAACGCCAAACUCAGACAGAUUUGGAAAUGAGUGAUGAUCUUCAUGGGGAGAGAUUUCAAUCCCCCAUGCCAAAAGCCAAGAUGGCAGAUAAAAAUUCAGAAGAGACACAAGAUGUGCAAAUCGAGACUUCAGAUAGUCAGAGUCCACGCUAUCCAGACAGAGAGAGGAAGAAGCCCCAGUACUUAAAAGACUAUGAGUGUAAAGUGAAGUGUGAUGACCAGAUACCACCUAGUGUUGACUACUGCUACAGAGUAAUGUGCAAUGCACCACAAACCUUCAAAGAAGCAAUGAUUUCACCAAAAUCAGAGAUUUGGGCUACUGCUAUGAAGGAGGAGAUGGAUUCCCUUAGGGAAAAUGAUACAUUCACAUUGACCACACUGCCAGAGGGUAAAAAUGCAGUGGGGGGCAGGUGGGUCUAUGCGGUCAAAAACAAUUCAGAUGAGACUGAGACAUACAAGGCAAGAUAUGUUGCAAAGGGAUAUAGUCAAGUGGCAGGAAUAGACUAUAAGGAGACUUUUUCUCCAACUGCAAAUAUGACAUCAGUAUGUUGUUUGAUGCAGCUAGCAGCUCAGUAUGACUUAGAGUUACAUCAGAUGGAUGUCAAAACAGCAUAUCUACAUGCUCCUAUUGACUGUGAAGUGUACAUGGAGCAACCAGAGGGUUUUGAAGUCAGGUCAGAUACAGGUGAGCAACUAGUCUGCAAACUGAACAAGUCACUGUACGGCCUGAAACAGUCAGGAAGGAACUGGAACAAAAUGUUGCAUGAUCACCUUAGUGAAAAUGGUUUUACACAGAACCCAGCUGAUUACUGUGUUUACAACAAACAAACUGCAACAGAAAGGAUCAUUUUGAUAAUUUGGGUCGAUGAUCUAAUUAUCGCUGCUAGUGAUAGUGACUCACUCACAAGUGUAAAAGAAAUGUUAAGUGAAAAAUUUAAGAUGAAAGAUCUUGGGAGGCUUGGACAUUUCCUAGGCAUUGAUUUUACACAAAGUGAAGGGAAAAUAAAGAUGAGCCAAACAAGGUACAUAACCAAGAUACUGGAAAGGUUUGGUAUGUCAGACUGUAAAACAAGGUCAACACCAUGUGAACAAAAAAGAAAAAAAAAAGAAAAAACAGAUAGAGUUCAGUGUGUCAAAUCGGAGGGCCUGUUGUCUGGACCUAUGGCAGUCUCUAUGGGGGUGCCACAGGGUUCAAUUCUUGGGCCGACACUUUUCUCUGUGUAUAUCAAUGAUGUCGCUCUUGCUGCUGGUGACUCUCAGAUCCACCUCUACGCAGACGACACCAUUUUGUAUACAUCUGGCCCUUCAUUGGACACUGUGUUAACAAACCUCCAAACGAGCUUCAAUGCCAUACAACAAUCCUUCAGUAGCCUCCAACUGCUCUUAAACACUAGUAAAACUAAAUGCAUGCUUUUCAAUCGAACGCUGCUGGCACCCGCCCACCCGACUAGAAUCACCACUCUCGACGGGUCUGACCUAGAGUAUGUGGACAACUACAAAUACCUAGGUGUCUGGUUAGACUGUAAACUCAACUUCCAGACUCACAUAAAGAAUAUCCAAUCCAAAGUUAAAUCUAGAAUCGGCUUCCUAUUUCGCAACAAAGCCUCCUUCACUCAUGCUGCCAAACAUGCCCUCGUAAAACUGACUAUCCUACCGAUCCUUGACUUCGGCGAUGUCAUUUACAAAAUAGCCUCCAACACUCUACUCAGCAAAUUGGAUGUAGUCUAUCACAGUGCCAUCCGUUUUGUCUCCAAAGCCCCAUACACUACCCACCACUGUGACCUGUACGCUCUUGUUGGCUGGUCCUCACUACAUGUUCGUCGUCAAACCCACUGGCUCCAGGCCAUCUAUAAAUCACUGCUAGGCAAAUCCCCGCCUUAUCUUAGCUCAUUGGUCACCAUAGCAGCACCCACCCGUAGUCUGCGCUCCAGCAGGUAUAUCUCACUGGUCAUUCCCAAAGCCAACACCUCCUUUGGCCGCCAUUCCUUCCAGUUCUCUGCUGCCAAUGACUGGAACGAAUUGCAAGAAUCUCUGAAGCUGGAGACUCUUAUCUCCCUCAAUAACUUUAAGCAUCAGUUGUCAGAGCACCUUACCGAUCACUGCACCUGUACACAGCCCAUCUGAAAUUAGCCCACCCAACUACCUCAUCCCUAUAUUGUUAUUUAUUUUGCUCUUUUGCACCCCAGUAUCUCUAUUUGCACAUAAUCUCUUGCACAUCUAGCAUUCCAGUGUUAAUACUAUUGUAAUUAUUUUGCACUAUAGCCUAUUUAUUGCCUUACCUCCAUAACUUGCUACAUUUGCACACACUGUAUAUAUAUUUUCUGUUGUAUUUUUACUUUAUGUUUUUUACCCCAUAUGUAACUCUGUAUUGUUUUUAUUGCACUGCUUUGCUUUAUCUCGGCCAGGUCGCAGUUGUAAAUGAGAACCUGUUCUCAACUGGCUUACCUGGUUAAAUAAAGGUGAAAAAAAUAAAAAAAAAUAAAAAAAAAUAUAUUUUAGGUAUCGUGAAGUGAUAGGCAGCUUGAUAUAUGUUAUGACAUGUACAAGACCGGAAAUCAGUUGGAUUGUCAGCAAGCUGUCACAAUACCUAUCAGAACCAAAAGAGCAACACUGGAUAACAGCUAAACAUGUGUUGAGGUACUUGAAGGGGACAAUGAAUCAGGAGUUGUGUUACAAAAAGGGGGUGGAAAAACUCAACCUCGUAGCAUAUAGUGAUGCUGAUUGGGCAGCAGAUCAAAGUGACAGACGAAGCAUAACAGGGUUUUGUUUUAGUUUAACUAAAUGUGGACCUGUUAUUUCAUGGAGGUCUAAGAAGCAGCCAACAGUAGCUUUAUCUACAUGUGAAGCAGAGUACAUGGCACUGGCUGCUACUACACAAGAAAGUUUGUACCUUGUACAGUUAUCCAGAUGGAUAGUGAGUGCCAAUAUGCACCAGUAACAAUCUUUGAAGAUAACCAAGGUGCAAUUGCUCUGUCAAAGAACCCAGUGUGUCGUCAGAGAUGUAAACAUGUUGACAUCAGAUAUCAUUUCAUUCGAUCUGCACUCAGUGAUGGCAAAAUAAGUAUUGAAUAUUGUCCAACGGCAGACAUGGUUGCAGAUGUUUUGACUAAACCUGUAACGAAGUUGAAAAAUUCUUGGGUUAUAUGUUUGGAAUGUAAACUGACAUUUGUGAGAUGUAUAACUGUAAGCUAAAUGUGUUGAUAGUUAGGUUGAAUACGACUUGUACAGUAUAAGAGCAAGUGGGGGUGUUAACAUAUAGACUAAUAUGUUAUAAAUUGUGUUCUUACACUGGUACAGUUAUGCCCUAUGAGAGACGUACAACUGCGCAUGUGCGAAAAUAAAGAAAGGGCAUUUUCCCGCGUUCUGGUUGAAACACCAACGAUGAACAUGUGUGUUUAUUCCUCCGUUAAGUAAGCCGGUAUUCCUGUCCUGAAGAUGACAGCACCAACAGCAAUAUCAUUGGGUUUUGUGAUGAAUUAACCAUCUGAUUCAAUGAAGGAUGGAGCUGAGUUCGCCUUUCUUGGCCAAAAAUUAAUUUAAGGUGCUCCAAAGCUUUUUACUAGCAUUCUUUAUAUAAUUUGACUUUAUUUCUUCUUCUUUUUGUUUAGUUUAGUCACAUGAUUUUUCAAUUUACAGUAAGUUUAACGACCAGCUGUGCAACCAGACAUAUUUGCCAUUCCUUUUGCCUCGUCCCUCUCAACCAUAAAUUUUUUUAAUUCCUCAUCAAUCCACAGGGAUUUAACAGUUUUUACAGUCAUUUUCUUACUGGGUAGAUGCUUAUUAGUAACUGGAAUAAGCAAUUUCAUAAAUGUGUCAAGUGCAGCAUCUUCAACAAAGGAAUCAUUACAAAACCUCUUGUAUGAUCUCUUAUACACUAUAUUAGGCCAAGCCUUUGGAACUUUGGUUUUCCUAGAUAUGGCUACAAUAUUUUGAUCACUACAUCCAAAGGAUGUGGAUACUGCUUUAGAGCAGAUUUCUGCAGCAUUAGUAAAGAUGUGAUCAAUACAUGAUUUCAUUCCUGUGCUGUUUGUAAAUACCCUGGUAGGUUGACUGAUAACCUGAACCAGGUUGGAGGCACUGGUUACAGUUUGAAGCUUUUUCUUGAGUAGACAGCUUGAUGAAAGCCAGUCAAUAUUUAGGUCACCCAGAAAGUACACCUCUCUGUUGAUAUGACAUACAUUAUCAAGCAUUUCACACAUAUUAUCCAGAUACUGACUGUUAGCACUUGGUGGUCUAUAGCAACUUCCCACAAGAAUGGGCUUUAGGUGAGGCAGGUGAACCUGUAGCCAUAUUACUUCAACAGCAUUUGACAUGUGAUCCUCUCUAAGCUUUACAGGAAUAUGACUCUGAAUAUAAACAGCAACACCUCCCCCAUUGGCAUUCAUGUCUCUUCUGUAGAUGUUAUAACCAUAUAUUGCUACCACUGUAUCAUCAAAGUAAUUAUAUAAGUGAGUUUCCAGAGAUAGCCAGUAUAUGAAUGCAUUCUGUUUCUAGCAAGUUAUCGAUUUCAUUAACCUUGUUUCUUAGGCUACAUAUGUUCAUGUGGGCUUUUUUAAGCGCUUUUCUGGGUUGCUUGAUUGUUUUUAUUGCUUUACUGGGAGGCUUAUCAGAGGUAGACAUGACAGUGACUUGUCCGUAAUUUUUGCAUACAUAGAACUUUUGAAGGACAGACGGAUGUGUAGUGCAUUCUUCGUGCAUUUGAUCAAGGUCUGUAUGUAUAGAGACCCUAACAUCCUUGACCUUAGAUCUUUGCUGUAAUGCCUUCCACCGCAGGUGUCCAAUCGGGCUGAGCACCUUGGGUCAGGGCUGAUCCACAGGGGCCUGAAGCCGACCCCUGACACCUUCAUUGGUAUCUUUGCUCAGAACAGACCAGAGGUGAGAAUUUUUUUCUAGGUUGAGUAUAUUUCAUCUAUCACUGUCAUAUUGCUGCAUACAGAAGUUGCAGUCAUUGAACUGUAUGAAAAAUCCGAAUCGGUAUUAUAUUCUAAAUGGGCAACACAUGAGCUGUUGAUUUCAAAUGAGACCAGAGUGUUGAUCCGUUGAACAUUGAUCCUGUACGGCUUAUUAUUGCUCCCUGCUUGUUCUUUGGUCCAGUGGAUUAUCAGCGAGCUGGCCUGCUACACCUAUUCCAUGGUGGCGGUGCCCCUGUAUGACACCCUGGGACACGAGGCACUGGAGUUCAUUAUUAAGAAAGGUAAUUGGGCCUGCUCCACCAUGUACUGCACUUCAUUAACAGUGUUAAUGAGGCCAGGUUUAGGCCUGUCAUUCCCUAGGGGUUCCACAAGGCUUGAUGCAGAGUCCACUAUAUUUUACCUUGACUAAUCUUCUUCUCAUUUUUCCUAUAUCACUCGUUAACUCCACCUCCUCCCCUCCAUGCCCAUGCUACUAUAGUGCAAGCCUUCAUAAUCCUUUUAUAAUGCUCAAAUAGAUGCUUCAGAAAUCAUUUAUAAGCAAAUGUAAUGCUAUAAAGAAGGUGGCAAAAGGGUUGUGCCACAUUUGGCAAAAUCAAGAUGCAUGGACCUGUUACAACCCAGUAUGAAUACAUACAUACAUGCAAGCAUGCAUGCAUACAAAUUAAUAAAAAAUAAAAGCUGAAAUGUCUUGAUUCAAUAAGGAUUCAACCCCUUUGUUAAGGCAAGUCUAAAUAAGAAAUAAUGUGCUUCACAAGUCACAUAAUAUGGACUAACUCUAUGUGCAAUAAAAGUGUUUAACAUGAUUUGAGAAUGACUACCUCAUCUUUGUGCCCCACACAUGCAAUUAUCUGUAAGGUCCCUCUGUCGAGCACUGAAUUUCUAACACAGAUUCAACCACAAAGACCAGGGAGGUUUUCCCAAUGCCUCGCAAAGAAGGGCACCUAUUGGUAGAUAGGUACAAAUAAAAUAAAAAGCAGACAUUAAAUAUCCCUUUGAGCAUGGUGAAGUUAGUAAUUAGACUUUGGAUGGUGUAUCAAUACACCCAGUCACUACAAAUAUACAGGCAUCCUUCCUAACUCAGUUGCAGAAGAGGAAAGAAAACCGCUCAGGGAUUUCUCCAUGAGGCCAAUUGUGACAUUAAAACAGUUACAGAGUUGAAUGGCUGUGAUAGGAGAAAACUGAGGAUGGAUCAACAACAUUGUAGUUAUUCCACAAUACUAACCUAACUGACAGAGUGAAAAGAAGGAAGCCUGUACAGAAUAAAAAUACUCAAAAACAUCCUGUUUGCAUCAAGGCACUAAAUUAAUACUGCAAGAAAAUGUGGCAAAGCAAUUAACUUUUUGUCCUGAAUACAAAGUGUUUGGGGAAAAUCCAAUACAACACAUUACUGUCACGCCCUGACCUUAGAUAUCCCUUUUAUUCUCUAUUUGGUUAGGUCAGGGUGUGAUUUGGGUGGGCAUUCUAGUGUUUCUAUUUCUUUGUUUGCCGGGUAUGGUUUCCAAUCAGAGGCAGCUGUCUAUCGUUGUCUCUGAUAGGGGAUCAUACUUAGGCAGCCUUUUUCCCACCUUAGUUUGUGGGAUCUUGUUUUUGUAUAGGUGCUUUGGAGCCUGCAGAACUCCACGUUCGUGUGUAUUUUGUUGUUUUUUCUGUGUUCAUUUAAUAAAUUAAUAUGUUCGCCUACCACGCUGCACCUUGGUCCGAGCCUUCAAUCAACGAACGUGACAGAAGAUCCCACCACAAACGGACCAAGCAGCGUGUCCGGGAGGAGCAGACGUCUUGGACAUGGGAGGAUCAACGGCGACUCCGAAGUUCACGACCACGACAGAAGCCCGAAAAUUUUUUUGGGGGGGCACACAGGGUGGUUGGCGGAGCCAGGUUUCAGACCAGAGCCAACUCUCCGCACUCGCUUUGGGGAGCGUGUGACCGUUCAGGCACCAUGUUAGCACAGCUGAAAACUGUUGUGCUGAUUAAAGAAGCAAUACAACUGGCCUGUUUGAGACUAGUUGAGUAUCUGGAGCAUCAGCAAUUGUGGGUUCGAUUACAGGCUCAAAAUGCCCAGAAACAAAUAACUUUCUUCUGAAACUCAUAAGUCUAUUCUUGUUCUGAGAAAUUAAGGCUAUUCCAUGCAAGAAAUUGCCAAGAAACUGAAGAUCUCGUACAACGCUGUGUACUACUCCCUUCAAAGAACAGCGCAAACUGGCUCUAACCAGAAUAGAAAGAGGAUUGGGAGGCCCCGGUGCACAACUGAGCAAGAGGACAAAUACAUUAGAGUGUCUAGUUUGAGAAACAGGCGCCUCACAGGUCCUCAACUGGCAGCUUCAUUAAAUAGUACCCGCAAAACACCAGUCUCAACGUCAACAGUGAAGAGGCGACUCCGGGAUGCUGACCUUCUAGGCAGAGUUUAUUGGCCAGUCUGAUAUGGCUUUUUCUACAGCUACAAUAGCCAUUUACAACAUUAGCAAUGUCUACACUGUAUUUCUGAUCAAUUUGAACAUGUUCCAGCCGCCACAUUUUCAACUGAUUGUUUGUGAUUUCAGCGGACAUCUCCACAGUGCUGUGUGACAAACAGAACAAAGCCGAGACACUGCUUGAAAACUGUGAGAAGGGAGAGACGCCUGACCUCAAAACUAUUAUCCUCAUGGAUGCCUUUGACACUGAGCUGACCGUACGGGGCGCAAAGUGUGGGGUGGACAUCAUGUCCCUACAGGAAGUGGAGGUACUGUACUGUAUGACAGUAUAUAGGGAUGUCUAAGAAAAUAAGCGUUUACACACUUUCAAUGGCUUUGAGCAGGUGCUGGAGAAUAAAGUAUUUGUUAAGUAAAAAAAGAAAAAGACUGCACACUGCAAUCUAUGCUUCCAAGUUGUAUUGGAAUAGCUUUUCGACCCUUGGGGUCUUCAUCAGUUCAAAGCCUAUUGCUCCCGAGGGGUUCCCCAAGGGUCUAUGAUAAGUUCAGCUGUAUUUUACCCAUGCUCCAAGAACAAAUUGACCUUAAUCAUAGAUAGGAUCAACUUUACAUUCCCAAAUCCUAACAACCAUUCGGGGGGUAAUACUGCAGGAGUAGACUUACAUUGCCUACUAAAGCUGUCUUAUCUCUAAUCCUGUAUUUUCUUAAUGAGGUCCCAACUGUAAUUGUUCAAGAAAGUUAUUGUGAUAAUCGCUACUCUCUAGGGCAGUGUUUCGCAAAUCUCUCCUGAAGUCCCUCUACUCAGUUCCACUUAUUUGACCAAUUCCAGUUAAAGCACACCUCAACUAAUGAAGUGCAUGGUAAUAAGUUGAUGAGAUGAAUCAAGUGUGCUUGUACUGAAAUGCCAUAGUCUUACGCCAGUCUUACACCAGCGCAAUGUAAGACAAUGUUGAAAUGCAUAAAAUUAGUGGAACUGGCUUGGUACUCAAGAAGAGGAUUGGUAAACAAUGCUCUAGGGUGGUUAAGCAAGUACUAGUCCAUAGUGUUUCAGUGGCCAUGCCCAAUGUAGAGCAAAUGCUGUCCUCUUUUCAAACAUUUAUCAAAAAACCGUUUUAGAUAAAUCAAUUGAAUCAAAAAUAUUUUUUAGGCUCUGGGGAAGGACAAUCUACACAAGCCAGUUGUAAGUAAAAGUCAUACAAUAUGUUACUUGUAUAUUUAUUAUCCAGUCUAAAACAAUGUUCUAAGGAAUAUUCAGCUGUAUUAACCCCACCUGCUUUUGAUUUCAAAAUAGUUUUUUUCUGGCAAAAUUGUAUGUAGAAAUACUACGGUAAAUGUGUGUUUCUGCUUCCCCUACAGCCACCAAAGCCGGAGGACCUCAGCAUCAUAUGUUUCACCAGUGGAACUACAGGUUGACCAUACUGUACUUUACUGUGUGUGUGUGUCUCUUGUAUAUCAUGUGAACACCCUCCUAAUAUUAGUUGUUGGUUUCAGGUGACCCUAAGGGAGCAAUGCUGACUCAUGAAAAUGUGGUCUCGGAUGCAGCAGGUGUGAUUAAAACCUUUGAGGUAUGCAUACUCUCUCAGGAACUGACACAUAAACAGUACUCUGCCUAGGUCUAGGUUUUACCCUAUAGGAAAGUUACCAUACCCAUAGAUUUACAUGUAGAAUCACAUAUAGUAAUCCAAUAACAUAUACAGUAGUCCAGCACUGGAUUUCAAAUGAUGCAAUGACUAUGAGAUUAAAGUGCAGACUAUCAGCUUUAAUUUGAGGGCCUUUUCAUCCAUAUCGGGCGAACCGUUUAGAAAUAACAUCACUUUCUGCACAUAGACAUCCCAUUUUAGGGGACCCAAAUUCACUUAUAUGUGUCUUAAAGUAGUACAAAGCUAAGUAUUUGGUCCCAUAUUCAUAGCACACAAUGACUACAUCAAGCUUGUGACUUUACACAUUUGUUGCAUGCAUUUGCUGUUUGUUUUGGUUGUGUUUCAGAUAAUUUUGUGCCCAAUAGAAAUGAAUGGUAAACAAUGUAUUGUGUCAUUUUGGAGUCACUAUUAUUGUAAAUAAGAAUAGAAUAUGUUUCUAAACACGUCUACAUUAAUGUGGAUGCUACCAUGAUUACUGAUAAUCCUGAAUGAAUCCUUAAUAAUGAUGAGUGAGAAAGUUACAGACGCACAAAUAUCAUACCCCCCCCCCCUAAAUGCUAACCUUCCCUGUUAUUGUAAUGGUGAGAGGUUAGCAUGUCUUGGGGGUAUGAUAUUUGUGCGCCUGUAACUUUCUCACUCAAAACAAGGUUGUCCACUAUCGGCAUAUCUAUUUAUUAUGGCCAUCGAAAUGUUAGCUAUUAAAAUCAGAUCCAGCAAUAAUGUCAACGGGCUACAAAUCCAGGGAUUACAAACAAGGCUGUCAUUGUAUGCUGAUGAUUCAUGUUUUCUUUUAAAUCCACAAUUUGGUUCCCUCCACACCCUCAUAGAGGAUCUAGAUACUUGUUCUAACCUAUCUGGAUUACAACCAAAUUAUGAUAAGUGUACUAUAUAAGGUAUUGGAUCACUUUUACAUUACAUUUUAAAUUUUUACAUUUUAGUCAUUUAGCAGACGCUCUUAUCCAGAGCGACUUACAGUUAGUGAAUACAUUUGUUUUUUUUUAUACUGGCCCCCCGUGGAAAUCAAACGCCAUGCUCUAUCAACUGAGCUACAUCCCUGCCGGCCAUUCCCUCCCCUACCCUGGACGACGCUGGGCCAAUUGUGCGCAGCCCAUGAGUCUCCUGGUCGCGGCCGGCUGCGACAGAGCCUGGAUUCGAACCAGGAUCUCUAGUGGCACAGUUAGCACUGCGAUGCAGUGCCUUAGACCACUGCGCCACUCAGGACUACAUUACCAUGUAGUUUACCAAUAAAAUGGUCUGAUGGUGAAGUGGACAUACUCGUUAUUCAUAUACCGAAAGAAAUAAAUGAUCUCAAUACAAUACAUUUUAAUAGAAAGUUAGCAAAAAUAGAUAAGAUCUUGCUAUCAUGGAAAGGAAAAUACCUGUCUAUUUGUGGAAAAACCACCCUGACUCUUUAGUCAUAUCCCAGUUUACCUAUUUGCUUAUGGCCUUGCCUACACCUAGCGACUUGUUUUUUAAAUUAUUUGAGCAAAAAAUAUUCCAUUUUAUUUGGAACGGCAAGCCAGACAAAUUUUAAUGGGCCAAUUUAUUUAAUGAAUAUUAAUUCAGAGGGCAGAAAUAAUUAAAUAUUGAAGCAUUAGACUUUUCACUAAAGGCUUCAGUCAUACAAAAGUUAUACUUAAAUCUGAACUGGUUUUCUAGCAGAUUAGUAAGAAUGUCUCACCCCAUGUUCAAGAAUGCAAGAAUGGCCUUUUUCCCUUUAUUCAGAUUACAACCUCUCACUUUCGGAUAUUUUAAAAUGAAAUAAUCUCCAAAAUAUUGCUAUUUUAAAAACAAACCAUAUAAAGUUUGUUGCAAUUUCAGUUUAAUCCAUCAGAAAAGACAGAACAAAUAUUACAACAAAUAUUGGGAGAAAGUAAGGAACUUGCCCUGCAUUAACCAAAAUUGGUUAAAGAAAAUUGUGAUAAAUAAAAAAGUAUACCAGUUUCAUUUAACGACCAAAAAAUGGACAGCUGUGCCAUACAGAUUGCAAAAUAGUUGGGAAGAGAUUUUCGAUGUACCGAUUCUAUGGCACAUGGUUUAUGAACUGAUACACAAAACAACGCCGGAUUCAAACAUUCUUGCAACAAAUAUAAUGUUAUAUAUAUGGGGGAUACAACCAUCCCAGCCCUGCAGAUGUUGCUGUGAAGUGACAGAAUUAUUAGAUCAUUUAUGUUGGUACUGUCCAUAUGUAGCUUGUUUUUGGUCUCAGGUUCAGGAAUGGCAGAAGAAUUGCAACAUUUACCUGGAGCUAACUCUGCAGAUAGCACUGCUGGGUGAUUGAAAAGGUUCAGAACGUUUGUGAAACAUCACAGAACAGUUGAAAAAUAUAUGGCAAAUAGAAAUCAAAACGGGAUGGUGUUUAGAGAGAGAUGGGAGGGGUUGAGUAGAGCUGAAGGGUGGGACUAAAAAUAACAAGAUAACUAAUGUAAAAUAUACUGUGUCUGCAAAAUGUAUAUAGGUUCAGAACUUUUGUGAAACAGCACAGUUGAAAGAUAUAUGACAAAUAGAAAUCAAAACUGGAUGGUCUUCAGAGAUAGAUGGGAGGGGUUGAGGGUAGCUGAAGCAUGGGACUAAAAACAAACAAAAGAUAACUAUUGUAAAAUAUACUGUGUCCGUAAAAUGUAUAUAGUAUGUAUGAGCUGGAAGUAGAAGCCUAAAUGUUGUUGUCCAUUAGUUUACUCCAAUUAGGGGAGGGGUGAUAGGGUUAGGGGAAAAUAAUAAAAUAAACAAUGUUAUACUGAACAAAAAUAUAAACGCAAUGCAACAAUUUCAAAGAUUUUACUGAGUUACAGUUCAUAUAAGGAAAUCAGUCAACUGUAAUAAAUUAAUUAGGCCCUAAUCUAUAGAUUUCACAUGACUGGGCAGGGGCACAGCCAUGGGUGGGCCUGGGAAGGCAUAGGGGAGCCAGGCCCAGCCAAUCAGAAUGAGUUUUUCCCCACAAAAGGGCUUCAUUACAGACAGAAAUACUCAUCAGUUUUAUCAGCUGUCAGGGUGUCUGGUCUCAGACGAUCACGCAGUUGAAGAAGCCGGAUGUGGAGGUCCUGGGCUGGCAUGGUUAAACGUGGUCUGCGGUUGUGAGGCCAGUUGGACAUAAUGCAAAUUCUCUAAAACGACAUUUGAGGCAGCUUAUGGUAGAGAAAUUAACAUUAAAUUGUCUGGCAACAGCUCUGGUGGACAUUCCUGCAGUCAGCAUGCCAAUUGCACGCUCCCUCAAAACUUGAGACAUCUGUGGCAUUGUGUGACAAAACUGCACAUUUUAGAGUGGCCUUUUAUUGUCCCCAGCACAAGGUGCACCUGUGUAAUGAUCUUGCUGUUUAAUCAGCUUCUUGAUAUGCCACACCUGUCAGGUGGAUGGAUUAUCUUGGCAAAGGAGAAAUGCUCACAAACAGGGAUUUAAACCAAUUUGUGCACAAAAAAACUAUAGUGGGGAAAAAAAGUAUUUAGUCAGCCACCAAUUGUGCAAGUUCUCCCACUUAAAAAGAUGAGAGAGGCCUGUAAUUUUCAUCAUAGGUACACGUCAACUAUGACAGACAAAAUGAGAAAAAUCAUUUUUAAUGAAUUUAUUUGCAAAUUAUGGUGGAAAAUAAGUAUUUGGUCAAUAACAAAAGUUUCUCAAUACUUUGUUAUAUACCCUUUGUUGGCAAUGACACAGUUCAAACGUUUUCUGUAAGUCUUCAUAAGGUUUUCACACACUGUUGCUGGUAUUUUGGCCCAUUCCUCCAUGCAGAUCUCCUCUAGAGCAGUGAUGAUUUGGGGCUGUCGCUGGGCAACACGGACUUUCAACUCCCUCCAAAGAUUUCCUAUGGGGUUGAGAUCUGGAGACUGGCUAGGCCACUCCAGGACCUUGAAAUGCUUCUUACGAAGCCACUCCUUCGUUGCCCGGGCGGUGUGUUUGGGAUCAUUGUCAUGCUGAAAGACCCAGCCACGUUUCAUCUUCAAUGCCCUUGCUGAUGGAAGGAGGUUUUCACUCAAAAUCUCACGAUACAUGGCCCCAUUCAUUCUUUCCUUUACACGGAUCAGUCGUCCUGGUCCCUUUGCAGAAAAACAGCCCCAAAGCAUGAUGUUUCCACCCCCAUGCUUCACAGUAGGUAUGGUGUUCUUUGGAUGCAACUCAGCAUUCUUUGUCCUCCAAACACGACGAGUUGAGUUUUUACCAAAAAGUUAUAUUUUGGUUUCAUCUGACCAUAUGACAUUCUCCCAAUCCUCUUCUGGAUCAUCCAAAUGCACUCUAGCAAACUUCAGACGGGCCUGGACAUGUACUGGCUUAAGCAGGGGGACACGUCUGGCACUGCAGGAUUUGAGUCCCUGACGGCGUAGUGUGUUACUGAUGGUAGGCUUUGUUACUUUGGUCCCAUCUCUCUGCCGGUCAUUCAGUAGGUCCCCCCGUGUGGUUCUGGGAUUUUUGCUCACCGUUCUUGUGAUCAUUUUGACCCCACGGGGUGAGAUCUUGCGUGGAGCCCCAGAUCGAGGGAGAUUAUCAAUGGUCUUUUAUGUCUUCCAUUUCCUAAUAAUUGCUCCCACAGUUGAUUUCUUCAAACCAAGCUGCUUACCUAUUGCAGAUUCAGUCUUCCCAGCCUGGUGCAGGUCUACAAUUUUGUUUCUGGUGUCCUUUGACAGCUCUUUGGUCUUGGCCAUAGUGGGGUUUGGAGUGUGACUGUUUGAGGUUGUGGACAGGUGUCUUUUAUACUGAUAACAAGUUCAAACAGGUGCCAUUAAUACAGGUAACGAGUGGAGGACAGAGGAGCCUCUUAAAGAAGAAUUUACAGGUCUGUGAGAGCCAGAAAUCUGCUUGUUUUUAGGUGACCAAAUACUUAUUUUCCACCAUAAUCUGCAAAUAAAUUCAUUAAAAAUCCUACAAUGUGAUUUUCUGGAUUUUUUUUCCUCAAUUUGUCUGUCAUAGUUGACGUGUACCUAUGAUGAAAAUUACAGGCCUCUCUCAUCUUUUUAAGUGGGAGAACUUGCACAAUUGGUGGCUGACUACAGGAAAAAAAAGAGGACUGAGCACGCCCCCAUUCUCAUCGACGGGGCUGUAGUGGAACAGGUUGAGAGCUUCAAGUUCCUUGGUGUCCACAUCACCAACGAACUAUCAUGGUCCAAACACACCAAGACAGUCGUGAAGAGGGCACGACAAAGCCUAUUCCCCCUCAGGAGACUAAAAAGAUUUGGCAUGGGUCCUCAGAUCCUCAAAAAAUUCUACAGCUGCACCAUCGAGAGCAUCCUGACUGGUUGCAUCACCGCCUGGUAUGGCAACUGCUUGGCCUCUGACCGCAAGGCACUACAGAGGGUAGUGCGUACGGCCCAGUACAUCACUGGGGCAAAGCUCCCUGCCAUCCAGGACCUCUAUACCAGGCGGUGUCAGAGGAAGGCCCUCAAAAUUGUCAAAGACUCCAGUCACCCUAGUCAUAGACUGUUCUCUCUGCUACCGCACGGCAAGCGGUACCAGAGUGCCAAGUCUAGGUCCAAAAGACUUCUCAACAGCUUCUACCCCCAAGCCAUAAGACUCCUGAACAGCUAAUCAUGGCUACCCGGACUAUUUGCACUGCCCCCCCACCCCAUCCUUUUUACGCUGCUGCUACUCUGUUAAGUAUUUAUGCAUAGUCACUUUAACUCUACCCACAUGUACAUAUUACCUCAACUAGCCGGUGCCCCCGCACAUUGACUAUGCAACGGUACCCCCCUGUAUAUAUAGCCUCCCUACUGUCACUUUAUUCUAUUGUAUAUAUAGCCUCCCUACUGUCACUUUAUUUUUUACUUCUGCUCUUUUUUUUUUUUCUCAACACUUUUUUGUUGUUGUUUUAUUCUUACUUUUUUGUUUAAAAUAAAUGCACUGUUGGUUAAGGGCUGUAAGUAAGCAUUUCACUGUAAUGUCUGCACCUGUUGUAUUCGGCGCAUGUGACCAAUAAAAUUUGAUUUGAUUUUGACUAAAUACUUUUUUUCCCCACUGUAAAAGAUUCACUGACCCAAUACUUUUGGAGCUCACUGUAGUAAUUUAAUAGGAUCACUGUGAUUUUAUCCUCAUGUGUGUGUGGACGUGUUUAACUAUACUUGUGGGGACCAGAAGUUCCCACAAGAAUAGUAAACUAAUAACAAUUUGACCAACUGGGGACAUUUUGUUGGUCCCCACAAGGUCAAAUGCUAUUUCUAGGGGGUUUAGGGUUAAGGUUAGAAUUAGUAUUAGGGUUAGAAUUAGGUUUAUGGUUAGGAGAUAGGGUUCGUUUUAGGGUUAGGAGUUAGGGUUAGGUUUAGGGUUAGGGUAAGGGUACGGGUUCGAGUUAGGGUUAGGGGUUAGGGAAAAUAGGAUUUUGAAUGGGACUAAAUUGUAUAUCCCCACAAGGUUAGCUGCGCAAGAGUGUGUGUGUGCGUGUGUGCUUGCGUGUGUGCUUGCGUGUGUGUGGGGUUGCAUAUGUGUGAGGGAGAAAAAGAGAAGGAGAGAGAUCUUAUAAUAUUGUAGUCUCUUGUGAAAGGUGAAAAAAGAGGCAAGCAUUCACACGUGAUUUGGUUCUGGGUUGCCGAGAUUUGUAGUCAUUUGUAGUCAGUAAUCAUAACCUUCGGAACCAACUUGUGUCCCCCACAGAUUUCCGUGGUUCCUAGUACUCAGGAUGUGUCCAUCUCCUUCCUGCCUCUGGCACACAUGUUUGAGAGGGUUGUACAGGUGAGUUCACAGUCUAACUGCAAACUAGUCUUGAAUUUUUUUACAUUAACUCAACCUUAUCUUUGAGCACCUCCAGCUAGUACGACUCUUUAGCAUGCAUACAUGGCAAAUACUUUAUGACAAAUAUUUACUUUUUACUAUUUAUUUAUUUAGUAUUUAUCCAGGCAAGUCAAUGAGGAACAAAUUCUUCUUUCUUGUUUCAAAAAAUAUGUUUUCUAUUGACAAGUGACAUUUAUCUCUUACAUUUUUCACCAAUGGGAGCAGAGGACAUAGAGUUCUCUGAGUUGAGUAUUGAGGCUGAUGGGUGCUAGUCUAGAAGUGCUUGUGUUCUCUCCCAGACAGUGAUGUACGGUGCUGGGGCCAGGGUCGGAUUCUUUCAAGGCGACAUUAAACUACUGCCAGACGACAUGAAGAACCUGCAGCCCACCAUCUUCCCCGUGGUGCCGCGACUUCUGAACCGCGUAUAUGACAAAGUGAGUUGUUAAUCUGCGGUUCUUCUCCUGAAGUGUGCACUCAUACUGUACACUAACCCCACCGCUAAUCUCAACGCUUUACCUAAACCUAACUCCCAGCAAAUUGUUGCAUGUCAACAGAGUUACAAAGUUACAGUUACAGAGUUACAGUUGAUAGCUGCAAUGGACAGUUUGAACAUCUAUAGACCAUUCAAAAUGUAUGUAGUUCUGUCCUUGAGCUGUUCUUGUCUAUUCAUGUUCUGUAUUAUGUCAUGUUUCAUGUUUUGUGUGGACCCUAGGAAGAGUAGCUGCUGCUUUUGAAUAAGCUAAUGGGGAUCCUAAUAAAAUACCAAAACUACCAAAGAGGACUAUCUAUAUGAGACCAAAAUGAGUAACCUUUCUCUUUCUACUAUAGGUCCAAAGUGGAGCCCAAACCCCCUUCAAAAAAUGGCUUCUGAAUUUUGCCACUAACAGAAAGCUUGCCGAAGUUAAGGAGGGUGUCAUCAGAAAAGACAGUAUAUGGGACAAGCUCAUCUUCCACAAAGUUCAGGUAUGGCACUCUCCAAGUAGGAGUCAUCGUGUUCAAGGAAGUCAACAAUGCUAUUGCCGAUGUUGUGCCAACAAUCCUUGGAGGCUACAUAUAAACCGUUUCCUGUGCCUAAAAAGGCAACAGAAGAGAAAAAUCAUGUUACACUGCACAAGACAGUGGCUGUGAAUUGGGAGGGUGUUAUGGUACAGAAUGCGCUACAAUCUAGAACGUGUCGUGUCGGUUCUCUGUAGGAGUCGUUGGGGGGACGUGUGCGAGUGAUGGUGACGGGAGCAGCGCCCAUCUCUCCUUCCGUUCUCAACUUCCUCCGGGCAUCUCUGGGGUGUCAGGUACAUUAGCAUCAUCUACCCAUCUAUUAUCUACCAUAGAUCUACCGUCUACCCAUUCAUUUUAUUCUACCAUUCAAAAGGGCUUUUCACACUGCAUGUUCUUGGCCCAUGUCUAUCCUUUACCCUAGCUUACCCUCCUUUUACACAAGCAUGUGUUAACCCUGGGCUAACUGAAACCCAAUAGUCACUUUUUGGAGUAGAAUAUUCCAAUUAGAUGACAAUGAAGCUCUGUGAUUGUGAUUGAAGUGCAGUGUGAACAGGAUGUAUGUGUUUCCAUAACUCUUUUGUGAGACACCUCCGUCAAUGAUUAUAUUACUGUAUUAAGGAGAACUUGUCAAAACAGGUCAUGACUCAUAUCAAAUAUACCUAGAAAGCAGUUGAAUGGAUGCUUCAAACAUCACACAUAUGCCACUGGAAGGUGUUUACAAUACCUGAGUUGUAAGUUUGAUUCCUACAUAUAUGGGUCAUAUCUACUGAAGAAACAUGCUGAGGUAGGUCACUUUGAAUAAUAACAAGACCGUAUUAUAAGGUGUAAAUGAAAAAAGAACAUAUCCUGACCAACCGAAGAUAAACUUGUAAAAUAAAAUCACAGUUGAAGAUAAACAUGUAAAAUAAAAUCACUGUUGCACACCUUGAAAUUAACUUUCAAUAUCACCAACGUUUUGGCAAGGAGAGAAUAGUGUGCGACUUUCAUUUUAUUUUCUGUAAAGACCAUAAGAUGGUAAUUAUUAUAUAAUUAAACCAAUCCUGUGCCAUUGUGGAUCUUGUAAUAGCACUGAGCAACUGAGGCCAUGUGCUUUUGUUUGGAGAGCAGAGAUUACCGCAAAUGUAUUGAUCUGUCCAUGUUGCUGUGACAACCAGCUCACACUGACCCUACUGAUCUCGCUGUUCUGAUUGGUUCUCCAGAUUUUUGAGGCGUACGGCCAAACAGAGUGUACUGCUGCCUGCUCCUUCACCAUGCCAGGAGACGCCACUUCUGGUAUGUCACUACAAAUAUUUACAACCUCACAGAGGAUGCUAAAUUAAAGGGAUAGUUCACCCAAAUGUCAAGUUUUUUGUUUCCUUACCCUAAAAGCAGUCUAUGGACAAGGAGAGACUGCAAUCCAUGCUUUGUGUUUGUUUACCUAGCCACUUUUACCAACCGCAAUGUAAUUUUGUAAUUUGGUUGAACUAUCCCUUUAAGUUGAGAACACUUGCAUCCUUUCUUCUUACUUCCUUCUCAAAAUGCAUUGGGGAAGCAGGUUUGAGCGGAGGGACCUUAUAUAUUCACCCAAAUUACAAAACAAGGGUUUCUUUCCUCAGGGCAUGUUGGAGCUCCUAUACCUUGUAACAUUGUGAAACUGGUUGAUGUUGAAGAGAUGAACUACUUUGCUUCCAACGGUGAAGGGGAGGUAAGUGGUUGUCCCUACCUAGCCAUGCUGCAUUGUAUGGAAAAACUACUAUUUUUCUAAGAUUUGAAUGACUUUUAACAGCUUAUUUCUCGACUUCCCUGGGGUGUUGUUGUUUUCUUCAAACCAUAAAAAAGUAGGCUAGUUAUUUAGUAAUGUCCUGAUUAAUCUGGCUAUCAUUUUUGAAGAAUGCAGCAAUGCUAGUGGAAACAGAUUGUUUACAUUAGGGGUCAUUCAGAAGCAUGGGGGUGGGGGGGUUGGACAUGGAAGGGCGCCCCAAGGCUCUGUCUUUCCCCGAUUUCCCCAUACUUUUUAAUUUGUAGAAAAUUAGCUUAAAGUCACAAUAUGUAGCUUUGUGGGCGACCCGACCAAAUUCACAUAGACAUGUGAGUUAUAGAUCUGUCCUUCUCGAUGAAAGCAAGUCUGAAAAGCGGUAGAUCUGUUCUAUGUGCACUAUGUCUUUGCUUACUGUCCUUAAGUUCAAAUGUUGCUUCUUUCUACUUUCAGUUUUGUACACCAGCUUCAAACAACUGAUAAGAUAGUUUUGGUUAUGGAAAAUAUAUUUCAAAGCAGUUUAGAUGGUACAAUGAUUCUCUACACUAUACAUUGCUUGUUUUGUCACAUAAACAAAUUAUGAAAUUAUGCAAACAUUUUAGAAUUUUAGCAUCCAGUCAAUGGUGGAGUGAUUUCUGCAUUCUGCGGCUUUAACUUAAAGAAAUUAAACUAUCUCAUAGCUUAACAUUGGUUGCUAUGGCUUGCCUACCUUAGAACUAGGACCUGGAGUUUUUCCUGGUAAGGUAACAUGGUCCGGAACAACUCCCUGGCCCUACUUAGAACACAAGGAGAACAUUUCCCUUACUGAUGCAUACUGUUCUAUUCUCUCAGGUCUGUAUCAAAGGUAAAAACGUGUUCAUAGGCUAUCUGAAAGACCCUGAGAAGACAGCAGAGGCCCUGGACAAAGAUGGAUGGCUACACACUGGAGACAUUGGCAAAUGGCUACCGGUGAGAUUCUCAUAAAUACAAACUGAACCUUGAAAUAACCUUCUGCAUUUAUCUAAGCAUAGAAUCAAUCUGACAUCAAUUUCCAUGACAGUGGUAGAGGAGUUUAAUAUCAGGACCGGAUAGAAUAGUUUUCCAGCUCUCUCCUGUUCAUUCAAUUCGAAGCCAGACAAGCAAUCAGUGGGGUGAAAUACUGGGGUUGUGUAUCACCCGCAAGCAUAGUUAUACUUUCUAAACCCACCUAUUCGAUUAUUACAAGCAGGACAAAGGGCAGUGCUGAUUACCAUUACCGGAGGUAAUUGAUCUGAAUUUAAUUACCUGAUUCAAGGUUUCACUAUUUCUAUACUGGAGUCUACAUCAUAUCAUCAGCAGGGUCAUUUUAUUGCAGUAGUUGUACAGGGUCAUACAGUGUCUUGAUUUAUAAAAUGUACACAGUUUAUAUAGUACAUUUCAGUUACAAAAAUGUCUAAAUGCAUUUAAAAAUAGAACAAAAAUGCACAUUUUUAUGUCAAGUUCAAUGGUUAUAAACCACAACAUGGAAAUAGACACAAUUGUAGAAUCAAAUCUGUGUGUAAGAACAUUAUAAAUGAGACCCCAAGACUAUGCCAUUAUAAUUUGCAAGCAGGACAACUGGCUUUGCAGGCUGACAAUAGGGCCCAAUUCCGACGGGAGUUAAGCGCGUAAAUGGAACGUACUGUAAUUUCCCUUUUAUGCACUUCUCUCUAUGAGUAUUCUAACCUUGAACUUAAGCAUGAGAAUAGUGUGCUAUUCACUUGCUAUUCGUUUUGGUCCCGAUUCCGACUUAAGAAAAACUGCACCUUGCCUAUGCACUUCUUGGUGUUCAGACUUACCUUAUGAAGGUGCGUAAUGGGCUUUGCAGGCGUGGUUCCCUUGCGUGCGCUGAAUAAAUGUAAUUCAACCACUGACAACCCUCCCACUUUCUGGCCAACAGAUUUUCUCAUGGAUUUUUCAUUUCAGUACAUUUAUCUUAAGCCAUCCCUUUAAAUACGCUGUACCUUUUAGUUAGAAUUUAGUUGACAGACUCAGUAGAAUAUACUGAGAGAACAAGUUCAGAAUAUUAGGGAUCAAUGAAAGAAAGCCAUCUAAUUAUAUGCAUAUUCGUCUCCGUUUCAGCACCAAUUGGUAGAUUAAAAGAAUACUGAUUUUGUACAAUAGUAGGCUGUACCCGCAUCUAUUGCAUGCACUAACCAUGGAACUGUGUGAUGACACAGCCAAGUAUUGCGCCAUGGAUCGGGUUCAAACUGUUACGGCUUUGUAAUGUAGACGCAGGGAGUCAGGAAGCAAGUGCAGUUAGUGAAUUGAAUUAUGAAGAACAUGGAACGAUACAAAACAAGGGAAGCGUCUAACAUGGAAAACAUAAACAAUAGUGCCUGGUGGGUGAUAACAAAGGAAUGCUAGAUAAAGGGGAAGUAAUCAGGGUAGUGAUGGAGUCCAGGUGUGCCUCAUAAUGGGGCGCAGGUGUGCGUAAUGAGGGUUGCCAGGUGUGUGUAAUGAUGGGUUGCCAGGACCGGUGGUUAGUAGACUGGCGACGUCGCGCGCCAGAGAGGGGGAGCGGGAGUAGACGUGACAGUACCCCCCGACGCAUGGCUCCAGCCGCAGGACGACGCUGGCCAGGAGGACGGUCCCGAGGGUGAGGAGCGGGCCGGUCCAGACGGCGAAGGUGGAAUUUUCGGAUGAUGUUGGGAUCUAGAAUGUCGUCCACUGGAAAACAGCACGCUCCUCUGGACCAUACCUCUCCCAGUCCACCAGGUACUGGAGCCAACCCCCACAACGUCGGGAGUCCAGGGGUGAUCUGACGUAUAGGCGGGGCUCCCCUCAAUGUCCAAGGGAGGCAGAGGGGUGUCGUGGGGUACGGCAUUAGCCAGGGGACCAGAAACCACCGGCCUGAGGAGGGAAACAUGAAAAGAUGGUGAGAUCCGGUAGUUAAUGGGGAGUUGUAUUCUGUAUGUUACCUCGUUGACCUUCCGGAGGACCUUGAAUGGCCCCACAAACUGGGGACUCAGCUUCUUACAGGGCAGGCGGAGUGGGAGGUUCCUGGUGGAGAGUCAGACACAAUCACCAGGAUGGAACACGGGAGCCUCACUGCGGUGGCGAUCCGCCUGCUCUUUCUGACAGCGGAUGGCGCGCUGGGCAUCGUUCCAUACCUCUUCUGCGCGCCUGAACCACUCGUCCACCGCAGGAGUUUCGGUCUGGCUCGGAGUCAACGGAGUAAGAGCCGGCUGAUAACCCAGAACACACUGAAAGGAGUCAGGCUGGUGGAGGAGUGUCGCAAUGAAUUCUGGGCGUAUUCAGCCAAAGGAAGGAAUCGGGCCCAUUCCCCCUGCCGGUCCUGGCAGUGACUCCUCAGGAAACUUCCCAGCUCCUGGUUCAUCCUCUCCACCUGCCAGUUAGAUUGAGGCUGGUAUCCGGAAGUGAGGCUGACCGUGACCCCCAGCAUCUCCAUGAAAGCCCUCCAUACACGCGAUGUGAUUUGGGGCCACAAUCGGAGACGAUAUCCUCCGGAAGGCCAUUGUGCCAGAAGUGACCUGGAGAGUGGUAGGGAGACUAGAGAGAGGGAUAAAACGGCAGGAUUUUGAGAAUCUGUCCACAACAACCAUAACAGUGGGGAAACCAUCAGACAGGGGAAGAUCAGUGACAAAAUCUAUCGACAGAUGGGUCCAAGGUCGCUGAGGCACGGGGAGGGGAAGGAGUUUCCCUGCAGGAGCGUUCCGGGGGAGACUUGGUUUGGGCACAUACGGAGCAGGAGUUGAUGUAGCAGGCAACGUCCUGCGCCAAAGUGGGCCACCAGUACUUAACAGAGAUGGAUUGAGUGGUGCGGGUGAUACCUGGGUGUCCAGCGGCAAGGGAUGUGUGCACCCAGUUCAAAAGCCGUGGGAAUGUAGGUGCGCUCCGGAGGACAGGUAGCCGGUGCGGAUUUCCCUCUACAGAGCCUUGCGGAUGUCCACGUCUAUGUCCCAGAGUACGGGAGCAACGAUUUGGGAGGGCGGUAUGAUGGACCCACUCAGGACAGGGACCUCUCCUGAAUCGUGGAGACAGGACAGGGCAUCGGCUUUGAUGUUCUUUGAACCUGGGUGGAAUGACAAGGUGAAAUUGAAUCUAGUAAAGAAAAGGGCCCACCUUGCUUGGCGCGGGUUCAGCCGCCUCGCUGUCCGUAUAUAUUCCAAGUUCCGAUGGUCGGUGAGGAUGAGAAACGGGUCCGUGGCACCCUCCAGCCACUGUCUCCACUCCUCUAAUGCCAACUUCACCACCAAGAGCUCCCGAUCACCGACGUCAUAGUUCCUCUCUGCAGGGGACUCUUUUCUAGAGUAAUAUGCACAUGGAUACAGUUUUGUGGAUUACCUUGACGUUGUGACAGGACGGCCUCCACGCCCACCUCUGAGGCAUCCACCUCCACCACGAAGGGCAGCGUAGGGUCUGGAUGUUUCAGCAACGGGGUGGAGGUGAAACGCCCCUUCAGCAGGUGGAAGGCCUCAUCAGCUGCAGGAUUCCAUUGCAACUUACGGAGACCACCUUCAAGGAGAGAGGUGAGAGGAGAGGUGAUGGAGCUGAAGUUCCUGAUGAAGCGGUGGUAAAAGUUGGCAAACCCCAAAAAACGUUGUAGUCCCUUUAUGAUGGUUGGGACUGGCCAUAACCUGACCGCAUCUACCUUCCUUUCCUCCAUAACCACUCCCUGUGGGCUGAUCCGAUAUCCCAAGAAGGAGACGGUGACCUGAUGGAACUGGCACUUCUCCGCCUUGACUUACAGAUGGUUACCUCCCGGAUGCAGAUCAAAUUGUAGGCACUCCGCAGGUCCAGCUUGGUAGAAAAACUGGGCCCCGCGGAGCUGUUCAAUGGCGGCUGGCACCAACGAGAGGGGGUAGCGGUACUUUGUGGUGAUGGCAUUCAGACCUCUGUAGUAAAUACACGGACGAAGACCCCCUCAUUCUUGGCCAUGAAGAAGAAACGAGUCGACACAGAGGAGGUGGAUGGGCGGAUGAAACCCUGUUGGCGAGCCUCCUGGAUGUACUCCUCCAUAGCCUUGGUUUCAGCCACCGACAUGGGGGUUGAUGCGGCUGUGUGGAGGCGCAGAGUCUGUUAGCAGGUUGUUGGCACAGUCCCAGGGGCGAUGAGGAGGGAGACAGGUAGCGCGAGUCUUGGAGAAAAUCUCCCCGGAGAUCCCGGUAAACCUCUGGGAUGUCGGCCUGGAGGGCAACCACAGGACUCUCAACUGACAUGGAACCACAUGGUAAGGGAAAGCAGGUCUUCCGGCAUUAGGGUGCCCAGGCCGUAAUCUCCAUCCUCGGCCAGGAGAUGAUGGGGUCGUGGCAUUGGAACCACGGGAGGGUGAGGAUGACUUUGUGUACGGGUGCCUGGAUGAUGGUGCAGGGGUCCCACGGUGACGGUGAGUGGUGCUGUGAUGUGUGUGAAUGUGCCAGAUCCCAGUGGUCGGUUAUCCAGCCCUUGAACCGGAAACGGAAAGGAGAGCGGGUAUGAUGUUAUGUUCAGGGAGGAGGCAAGGGCCUGGUCAAUAAAAUUCCCCGCGGCACUGGAGUCCACUAGAGCUGUGGAAACAACACAUGAGGGACAGCCAGCUAGUGAAAUCGGUACUAAAAAGGGUUUGUUGGAGAGUGAAGAUGAUGGAAUACUCACACCUACCCCAGGAGACGGAUGAUCACUGGACCGUCCCUCUGCUCUAGUGACUCUCGGGUUAGUACAUAGCGGACACCGUUGAAGCUGGUGUCCCUCCUGGCCACAAUAGGGACAGAGCCCCAGCUGUCUCCGACGGCGUUGCUCAGCCGUGGGGAGGCGUGUGGCCCCUACCACCAUGGGUUCAGGCUCUAACUCAGAUCGGUCAACGAAGGAGGGAGAGAGGCGACGGGAGUGCCGACGCUCCCAAAGGAGGUUAUCCAGGAGGAUGGCCAUCGUGAUGAGUGCAUCCUCCUGCGCCACUCCACAUAUCCUGAGGCUGCAUUGAUUGUAGCUGGGGAUUUUAACAAAGCAAAUUUGAGGAAAAGGCUGCCAAAGUUCUAUCAAUACAUUGACUGUAGUACUAGCGCUGCAAAAACACUUGACCACUGCUACUCCAACUUUCGGGAUGCCUACAAGGCCCCGCCAUCCUUUCGGCAAAUCUGACCACGACUCCAUUUUGCUCCUCCCUUCCUAUUGUGCAAAGCUGUCAUCAAGGCAAAGGGUGGCUAUUUGAAGAAUCUCAAAUAUAAAAUAUAUUUUGAUUUGCUUAACACUUUUUUGGUUAGUACAUGAUUCCAUAUGUGUUAUUUCAUAGUUUUGAUGUCUUCACUAUUAUUCUAUAAUGUAACAAAUUGUAAAAAUAAAGAAAAACCCUUGAAUGAGUAGUUGUGUCCAAACUUUUGAAUGGUAGUGUAUAUGUAUAUAUUUUAAUAUAUUUUCCUUUAUUAGUUUCAGAGUAUUUUAAAAUCUACCAGUUGGUGCUGAAACUGACAAAUAUGCAUAUAUUUAGAUGGCUUUCUUUCAUUGAUCCCUAAUAUUCUGAACCCAUUCUCUCGCUAUGGUCAACAAAAUUCUAACUAAAAACUACAGCAUAUUUAAAGGGAUGGCUUAAGACAAAUGUACUGAAUUGAAAAAUCCAUGAGAAAAUCUGCUGGCCAGCAAGUAGGAGUGUUUUCAGUGGUUGAAUUACAUUAAUUGAGCGCGCGCCAGGGAACCACUCCUGCAAAGUCCGUUAUGCACCUUCAUAAGGUAAGUCUGAAUACCAACUACUGAGAAGUGCGUAGGAAAGGUGUGCAUAAGAAAGGCUAAUUUCCUAAGUCAGAAUCGGGCCCAUAUAGAACUGUGAAUGAUGCUGCAUUCAUGUGCUAUUGAAAUGAAAGGAAACUCUGAGACUUGGCACAAAUAAACUGAUGUAAAGCGCCCAAACGUGUCAUAACUCCCACGCUUCCAAGUGGGAAAUACGAGUGGGAGACUCAGUUUCCCAGUUGGAUAGUGAGUUUCCAAAUUCUGGUUAGCACAUGAAUGCUGCAUGACUUGACAUAGGUCCAGAGUCGGUAUUAAAUGAAUUCACACAGGCAUGCCACUCACCUGUGAGGGCUGUGUCACAGAUGUCACAGAUGUCAGAGGUUGGACCUGUCCUAACCCCUGAAGGCCAUCAGCCUAGUUAAUGAUCUCUCCCUCUGCACUCUGUGGCUUCACCAGCCUCAACAUGGGAUGUUCAUUAUCUGAGAAAAGGAGGGGAGAGGGGGGAGAGAGAGAGUAAUUGAGCGAGAGAGAGAGAGUGAGUGAGUGAAUGAGAGAAAGGGGGGAGAGCAAGAGGGGGGGAGAGCAAGAUAAAGGUAAUUGAGUUAAUUGAUUCGCUCUGUCAUUAUGUAGGCCCUUUUUUAAUUUCUCCAGGGGACCCUUUCUUUCUCAACAUAGACAGAUGGCAUGUCCAUUAUGGACCAGUCUAAGCUUGCUCUUAGGUUUCAGUAAUUACACAAGCGUGUGUGUGUGUGUGUGUGUGUGUUUGUGUGUGUGUAUAUGUGUGUGUGUGUGUGUGUGUGUGCGUGCAUAUGUACAGUACCAGUCAAAAGUUUGGACUCACCUACUCAUUCCAGGGUUUUUCUUUAUUAUUUACUAUUUUCUACAUUGUAGAAUAAUAGUGAAGACAUCAAAACUAAGAAAUAACACAUAUGGAAUCAUGUAGUAACCAAAAAGUGUUAAACAAAUCAAAAUAUGUUAUAUUUGAGAUUCUUCAAAUAGCCACUUGAUGACAGCUUUGCACACUCUUGGCAUUCUCUCAACCAGCUUCACCUGGAAUGCUUUUCCAACAGUCUUGAAGGAGUUCCCACAUAUGCUGAGCACUUGUUGGCUGCUUUUCCUUCACUCUGCCAUCCUACUCAUCCCAAACCAUCUCAAUUGGGUUGAGGUCGGGGGAUUGUGGAGGCCAGGUCAUCUGAUGCAGCACUCCAUCACUCUCCUUCUUGGUAAAAUAGCCCUUACACAGCCUGGAGGUGUGUUGGGUCAUUGUCCUGUUGAAAAACAAAUGAUAGUCCCAGUAAGCCCAAACCAGAUGGGAUGGCGUAUCGCUGCAGAAUGCUGUGGUAGCCAUGCUGGUUACGUGUGCCUUGAAUUCUAAAUCACUGACAGUGUCACCAGCAAAGCAAAGCAACCCCAAACCAUAACACCUCCUCCUCCAUGCUUUACGGUGGGAACUACACAUGAGGAGAUCAUCCGUUCACCCACACCGCGUCUCAGAAAGACACAGCAUUUGGAAGCAAAAAUCUCAAAUUUGGACUCCAGACAAAAGGACACAUUUCCACCGGUCUAAUGUCCAUUGCUCCACCGGUCUCUUCUUCUUAUUGGUGUCCUUUAGUAGUGGAUUCUUUGCAGCAAUUCGACCAUGAAGGCCUGAUUCACACAGUCCUCUCUGAACAGUUGAUGUUGAGAUGUGUCUGUGAAUUGAACUCUGUGAAGCAUUUAUUUGGGCUGCAAUUUCUGAGGCUGGUAACUUUAAUGAAUUUAUCCUCUGCAGCAGACUCUGGGUCUUCCAUUCCUGUGGUCUUCCAUUCGUAUGGUUUUUGCGACUGCACUUAAAAUAAACUUUAAAAGUUCUUGAAAUGUUCCGUAUUGACUGACCUUCAUGUCUUAAAGUAAUGAUGGACUGUCGUUUCUCUUUGCUUAUUUGAGCUGUUCUUGCCAUAAUAUGGACUUGGUCUUUUACCAAAUAGGGCUAUCUUCUGUAUACCUACCUUGUCACAACAAAACUGAUUGGCUCAAACACAUUAAGAAGGAAAGAAUCUCCACAAAUUAACUUUUAACAAGGCACACCUGUUAAUUGAAAUGCAUUCCAGAUGACUACCCAAUGAAGCUGGUUGAGAGAAUGCCAAGAGUGUGCAAAGAUGUCAUCAAGGCAAAGGGUGGCUAUUUGAAGAAUCUCAAAUAUAACAUAUUUUUUGGUUACUACGUGACUCCAUAUGUGUUAUUUCAUAGUUUUGAUGUCUUCACUAUUAUUCUACAAUGCAAAAAAUUGUAAAAAUAAAGAAAAACCUUUGAAUGAGUCGAUGUGUCCAAUCUUUUGACUGGUAGUGUAUGUCCGUUUACCAUGUGAUGCUGGUGGUAGGAGCUAUAGGAGAACAGGCUCAUUGUAAUAACUGGAAUUAAUGGAAUGGAGUCAAACAUGUGGUUUCCAUAUGUUUGACUCCAAUGCAUAUAUUCCAUUACAGCUAUUACAAUGAGUCCGUUCUCCUAUUGCUCCUCCUACCAGCCUCCUCUGGUAAACACACAUACAUAUGCACACACACUUUUACAUAACUUAGUAAUUCUCUUUUCUCAUUCUCUCUAUACUUAUAUCAAUUUUUUACAUUUUAGUAAUUUAGCAGACGCUCUUAUCCAUAGCGACUUACAGUUAGUGAGUGCAUAUAUUUUCAUACUGGCCCCCUGUGGGAAACAAACCCACAACCCUGGCCUUGCAAGCGCCAUGCUCUACCAACUGUGCUACAGGGGGACUACCCCUGUCCUCUAGGAAUAUUUAGUUUUUAAGGCUCAAAAUAUAAUAUGUGCAAUCAUGAUGACAUACUCUUUUGCUCAAGAUACAAUCUAGUUCCUUGGUGAUUUCCUAUUGACAAAUUGAUUACAUCAUUACCCAAUCAAUACCGUAUAUCUUGUUGAAAAUACUAAUGAUCAAAAUGAUGGCAGAGUGGAGUCCUGAAGAUUGUCGACCGCAAGAAGAAUAUCUUCAAGCUGGCUCAGGGAGAGUACAUUGCCCCGGAGAAGAUAGAGAACGUGUACAUCCGCAGUGCACCUGUAGCCCAGGUGUUCGUCCAUGGAGACAGUCUUCAGGUACAACACACACACACAGCAUAAACACAUACACACAUGCACGCACACACACCAAGCACACUCAUAUUUCAGAAGCAUACAAUACUUAGACAGAAUGUGUGUGUGUGUGUGUGUGUGUGUAGGCCAGCUUGGUAGCCAUUGUGGUUCCUGACCCAGAGGUCCUGCCAGGUUUCGCCCAGAAACUAGGAGUCCAGGGUUCUCAUGAGGAGCUGUGCAAAAGCCAAGUGAGUGCUCUAUCAGAACCUUUCCACUAAUAACGUUAUCAGAAUAUUUGAACACACCAGCGUCGUGUUCAUUACUUAGCCACAAAAUGGAAGAAAAUGGACUGAAACAGAGAUGGACUAUCUAUAAUAAUCAAUAAGAAAUACUUAUUUUCAUUUUCUGUUCCAAAACGUUUUAAAACACUGUCCAUUACGUGCCCUAAUGAACAUGACCCUGGAUUCAUUCAACAAACAAAAGUGUGAUUGUCUAUAAUACUCUUCAUAAAUUUGCACAGAUAAAAAAAAGGACAUACAUAUAUUUUAUAAAUGGUUGUCCAUACAUUGGGUACCACUGAACACAGAACUGCUACUACAUUACAAGUACUUCACAAGACCAUGUUUACAAUGCACUCCUGAUUGAAGUGGAUAGCUUCUGUACCACUGACUGAUGACCUGAGUAUGACCUCUCCUUUUUUCCUGCGGCAGACAAUCAAAAAGGCCAUUAUCUCUGACCUGGUCAAGCUGGGCCGGGAAGCGGGGCUGAAGUCUUUCGAACAGGUGAGUGUGUCUAUUUAACAUGAUUUCACCAAUCCCCAUUAAGACAUGGGCCUGCAUUCAUAAAGCUCAGAGUAGGUGUGCUGAUCUAAGAUCAGUCCCCCCGUCCAUGUAAUAUUUUUCAUUAUGAUCUAAAACAGAGGUUCUCAAAUCUCUCCUCGGGGACCCCCAGCCGUUCCAUGUAUUUGAUAUAUUCCAGAGCUAGCACACCGGAAUCAGGUGAGCUAGUUCAAAGCUACAACAAAAUUGUGAAACGUGUAGGGGUCCCAGAGGAGAGGUUUGAGAACCACUGAUCUAAAAUGCAAAAGCACUCCUACUCUUAGACACUUUAUGAAUACAGGCCCUGAAGGGCAGUCUUGUCAUUAACUCAGAAGCUCCCUUCCCUUCUUAAUUUUAUUUUACUCGACAUGUCACUUCAAACAUACUGUAUACUCUUUACUGCAGUUAAUCCUAAAUGUGUUGAGCUGAUUUUCUCAGUAUUUCAAAAAAAAUCUACAGUCAAUGCUGUGAACUUGCUGUGUGAACUAGCUAAAGGUGGUGGUGAAUUUUCACUACUGAGCGAAGGCAGACAAAUAUGAUUGAUGUCAUUGUGAAUUUGGUUUGAGAAUAGCCAAACCAUGAAACUCUGUUGCCCAUUUUUGUUUGAAGUCUUGGUUACACAUGUUUAAGCAAACAGCCACAUUGUAUGUUGACCAGCUCAGUUGCAGAAACAGUUAUGGCUAGAGUAGGGUUAGACUAGAGGAGACUAAGGACAAAGGACAAAAACCCUCAUGGCCCAAACUCGAAACAUAUGUCUCCAUGUAAUCAAUACAUUCACUUGUUGGAGCAGUAAUACUGUACACAGGGAUUAUUUUAGUUCUUGCACAGUGACUAAGCCAUUUUUGCCUGGUGGGAAUGACCCAGCAACAUGGGUCAUGUUCAUCAGGUACCAAUUGGAGGAACAUUUGUUUGAAACAGGGAGGGACUACCUUAAAGAAUCUGUUGCGAAAUGUUUUGAAACGUUUUGCAUUGUGCCCUAAUGCUCUGUUUCUCUGUGUUUUGCAGGUGAAAGACCUGUACAUGCAUCCAGAGCAGUUCACCGUAGAGAAUGGCCUUCUCACUCCUACGCUGAAGGCCAAGAGGGCCGACCUCAAGAAGCUCUUCCAGCCGCAGAUCGACAGCCUCUAUAAUAGCAUGCAG